CGUGGGCCUCAGCUUCCCCGUGCACCUCCCUCCCAGGUGCGGCACCGCCAGUCAGGACAGAUCAUGGUGCUGAAGAUGAACAAGCUGACAAGCAACCGAGGCAACAUGCUGCGAGAGGUGCAGCUAAUGAACCGUCUCUCGCACCCCAACAUCCUCAGGUUCAUGGGGGUCUGUGUGCACCAGGGACAGCUGCACGCGCUGACGGAGUACAUCAACGGUGGGAACCUGGAGCAGCUGCUGGACAGCCCUGUGCCCCUCUCCUGGUCCAUGCGUGUCAAACUGGCCCUCGACAUUGCCCGUGGCCUGCGCUACCUACACUCCAAGGGCAUCUUCCACCGCGACCUGACCUCCAAGAACUGCCUGGUGCGCUGCGAGGCUAACGGCUACACAGCCGUGGUGGGCGACUUCGGCUUGGCAGAGAAGAUUCCCACCUACAGCGAGGGCAGCGAGAAGGAGCCACUGGCUGUCGUGGGAUCCCCGUACUGGAUGGCACCUGAGGUGCUGCGAGGGGAGAUCUACAAUGAGAAGGCCGAUGUGUUCGCUUACGGCAUCAUCCUGUGCGAGACCAUCGCUCGUGUCCCCGCUGACCCCGACUACCUGCCCCGCACUGAGGACUUCGGCCUGGACGUCACCACUUUCCGCAACAUGGUGGGAAUCGACUGCCCGGCGGCCUUCCUCCAGCUCGCUUUCCACUGCUGCAGUGUGAGCCUCCGCCGGGGGCCAGCCCCGGGCCGCACGAGGCUGGCGCGGGGUGGACCUCUUGAUCCAGCUGUGUCCCUCGGGGACCACGACUCAGACCUGGCUCAGCCCCAGGUUUCAGGUGGCCCCAGAGUGGUCGUCUUGGUUGAAACCAUUUCAGUGAAAUUCCUGGUUAUUAUUUAG